AUGAUCACACAAAAGAGAAGAAGCACUUUGAAGUUUGAUAGGUCUGUAUGUUUACUGGGGAAAAUGUCAUCUAGACAGGUCUUAUUAUCCGUUCUAGCGACGGCCGCUGUCACAGCAACUCUUGUAGAGGUAUAUCAUGCUUAUAGAAAACAUACGAAACAGGAAAAGCCCUCUCCCACCAUCACCACUGGGACCAUCAGUGCACAGAACCAAUAUCCAGAAGAAUUAAUUCAAGAGCAAUUGGCAAGAAACUAUGCGUUUCUAACUGAAGAGGGUAUGAGGAAAGUACGUAAACAAAGAAUAGUGAUAGUUGGUGCAGGUGGAGUGGGGUCAUGGGUUGCUACGAUGCUUGCACGAUCGGGAGUUGAAAAAUUGCGAAUCAUUGAUUUUGACCAAGUUUCCUUGAGCUCAUUGAAUCGCCACUCUGUAGCCACAUUGAAAGAUGUCGGGAUAUCUAAGGUUGAAUGCUUGAAAACACAUUUGUUGGAAAUCGUACCAUGGAUAGAUAUUGAAGUUUAUAAAAAAUUAUGGAAUUUGGAGCUGGCGGAUGAAUUAAUUUUGGGUAAUUCUUUUGAACCAACUUUUGUGGUUGAUUGCAUCGACAACUUGGAUACAAAAUGCGAUUUGCUUACGUUUUGCUAUCAAAAGAAUAUCCCUGUUGUUUCUUCGGGUGGUGCUGCUACAAAGUCCGACCCCACAAGAAUUAAUUUAGCUGAUAUUUCCAAAACUGAGGAAGAUCCGCUCACAAAAAAGAUUCGAGUCAUUUUGAAGAAAAGAGGUAUAUUAGAAGGUAUCCCAGUUGUUUUCUCAGCCGAAAAGCCUGAUCCCCGUAAGGCGAAGUUGUUACCAUUACCUGAUGAAGAAUUUGAAAAGGGACAAGUUGAUCAAUUAUCCGCGCUUAAGGAUUUCCGAGUAAGAAUUCUUCCUGUCUUGGGAACAAUGCCCGGUAUGUUUGGGCUUGCGAUAGCUACAUAUAUAUUAACCACAGUCUCAGGGUAUCCCAUGGAGCCAAUAGAGGGUAAAAACAGAUAUAAAGUGUACGAUGAUUUAAUAAAAAGCUUAGGUGCUCAACAAUAUCGGAUAGGCGAAGAAGAUCAAAGAAUUCGAAUUUCAACCCAGGACGCUAGCUACUUAUUAGAAGAGGUCUUUAGAGGAAAAUCACCAAUUUCAAAUCACUCAUCAAGAUUAACUUUAAGUAGAUGGGACCCUUCAAAGGAGAUUAGCUUGCAAAAUGUUGUUAUAAUGACAAAAGAAGAACAAAGAGUCCACGAAAAAAGAGUUCUACUUGGAGGCGAAUCCAUAGAGAAUGUAUAUUCAAAGCCUGUUCUUGAUUUGGUAAAACAAAGACUCGAAGAUGAGGCUUAUUACUCGCAAUUUCGAUAA